UCUCGAAGAUUCACAUCUACUCUCUCUUGAUAAUGGCUGGUUCCCUAAAACCCUUUCUCCUACUUGUAUCUUUUACGAUGACGGCCGCAAUCGAAUGCCCCUUUGAACCCCUGGAUGACAACUUUGGAGAUGUUAGCGAGCCUGCGUACACUGUGGAGGAACUAGAAGAAAACAUGGAAAAGGUGUUUGAACAAAAGAGCACUUCUUGCACACCCACCGAGAGAGUUUACCGGUCCUACUCCUCUGGAGCUGUCCUCUCUAGUGACCUAACCAAAGCAGCAGGAAAACAUUGCGCCUUUCCGAGCCAAUGUAAGCUCUCUAAAACUGGGAGCAGUCUUCAAGCAGCAACCUGCACCGAACUGCUGAGGAUCAGAGACGAGAUAACCAGCGGUGGAUACACAGCCACAUGCCGGCAUGAUCAAACCAACUGGAAUGUUGGCCCUCCAGAAAAGAAAGGAUGUGGUGCUGAUGGAGUAUGUACUGAUCCUAAUUACAGCAUCUUUCUUCAAAGGAGACUUUCUCCAGCAGGUCUACGCCGAUCAAGUGUACAAGGACAAUCUCUUCUAAAAGCUGGAGUACAAAUAGACAGCCUGGUAUCCUCCUCUUACGAGCGUUCUAAGAAUUCUGCUAAACAAGUAGGAUACUGGUUUGGGAUCACUGAGGUUAAAGAGGAGCCUCUUCCUUUGGACAACGGUAUACACGGCGCCCAGGAUUACGAGAGGAAGGCUGGAUAUGAACCAAAGACUGAUUCCGAUCGGGGUUCAGAUAUCAAGAAAAUCAUGCGAGUUCGUUUGAGGAAUUGGCUACAAGAGGAUUGGGACAAGCAGACUGAAGGAGGGGUAAGGUUUGCUUAUAGCCAUGGAGGUACAAUGGAAAAUGCUUUCGGACACUCAUUUGACGAAGGUGACUGUGCUUGGUCGAAGCCAACAGACAAAACUUACGAUCUGAACGAGCCUUUGACUGUUGUUCUAAGCCAAAAGGAAUUUCCAAACGAGAUGGAAGUUGGAACAAAGAAGAUUGACUUGUUUGCGGUGCUGAGCCCAGAGCAGACACAGAAGAUGGCCCAGUGCACUGAGCUGAGAAAAGACUAUGAGGAUAGUAUUUCAUCAUCAGAUACUACGAUUCUAGCAGCUGACAAAAACAAGGAUCUUGAAAUAACAGAAGAUGAAUUUACCAAAUUCUGUGAAAAUUCAGUGGAUACUUCAAGAACAUGCUCUGAUCUAUGGAAGUCUAUCCUUUCGCUGCAAGCAAAGCCGUACUGGCAGAAAAACACAGUUUCCACUAGCUUUUUCAUCGGAGAGCAUGCUUACUUUAACGGGGGGUGGUCUGAAAAGGAGCACAGUUAUGGUGCCUGGCAAUUUCCUUAUCGUGGGACAACACUGGACACAAUCAGACCCACAGUUUCAGAAAUGAAACAAAUCCUAGCCCCUUUGGACGAGCUGAUAAGAGCUGAUCUUGAUGAUAAGGAAACGAAAGCAGUUGUAGACUGUAUCCCACAAGAAAGCACAAUCCAACAGUUCAGCAGCUGUGCUUCCUCUCUGCUGUCCUACAAGCCCAUACCAACCCGCAAUCGACCUGAAGAUGACGUGCAUCUGACAGAUGAUUACCCCAUUCUAGGACAGAAAUACGCCUACCCGACCACAAUAACCAUCACCCCCGUCCCUAACCCUGUGAUGAAACUAGCCAUGUGUUUGGUGGAGAAGAGACACAUCUCAGCAGAGAAGAUGUCCCAGCUAAUGGGUUGUGAAUUAGCCGGGUCUGCAAAUCAGAAGGGUGCAUCUUGCACACCCUCUGAAAAUGAAUACAGGCUCAACUCCGGAUAUCGUCACCAGUUUGUCUUUGUGGUGGUGGUGACAAUGAUCUAUAACAUGUUUUGAGAGCGGGAUAGUCGGAAACUUACUUGUAUUUAGUAGAUAAACUUUUUCUUUACAGUAGACUGAGAAGUGAUAUGAUUUUAUAUCUAAGUCGGAAAGGAAAAAUUUCCAAAAUAGAUGUGCUGAUUGGUUAUAUAAGUAUAUAAUCCUUGAUUUUAAAUUGUGUAUCUU